AGAAACCACUUUCACUGCAAAUGGAUAGAUCCUCGAUCAUUUUUCCGGCAAAAGCGAUGUCAUAUUUGGCUGCUAUUUUCUUACGUUGUGUGUUUGCAGGUUUGUUUACAAUUGCAAAGCGCGCUCUGAACCUGGGAAUGAACCCUGACACCUUUACUGUCUACAGGAAUGUCAUUGCAGCCAUUGUCUUUGGCCCUCUCGCCUUAGUAUUCGAAAGGUCGGCCGCUCUCUCUCUCUCUCUCUCUCUCUCUCUCUCUUUGAGAAUUAGAAAACGUAUAUCAACCAAAAAAUUUAAUAAUUUUGACAGGAAUACAAGGCCAAGGAUGACGCUCACCAUCGUCUGCAACAUCUUUCUACUUGGCUUAUUUGGGGUUCUUGAUCAAAACUUGUACUAUGCUGGAAUGAAACAUACAACAGCAACUUUUGCAACAACUAUCUACAAUUUUCUUCCUGUCAUAAACUUUCUGUUGGCUUGUCUGUUGAGGCUUGAGAAGGUAAAAUUUAGAAGCUCACAUGGCCAGGCAAAGGUUUUUGGAACUUUGGUCAGUGCUGGUGGAGUCAUGGUAAUGACAUUUAUCAAAGGACCUGUUAUCGGACUGCCAUGGACCAAACACAAUCCCACCAGUGCUGCAAAUUAUCCCCAAACUUCCGUUAGAGGCCCCCUCAUGAUCUUGGGGGCUUGUUUUUUUUCGGCCAGUUUUAACAUUCUUCAGGUACGUAUUAUAGUUUUCCUUUUGUCCGCUAUAUUAUUUUUCUUAAAUGAAUAAAAUGCGUCAUUUUUUUUAUUUU